CACCCAAUGCUGUUCAGAGCUCGCGUAUAGAGUACAGGCAUAAGCCUGUGUACGCUGAACCGUCCCGAGUAUACCAACUGUGAGACAGCUGAGUUGGUCGGUCGGCCGGGUGGACAACGACGACAUUCUAACUCCUACCCCGAAGACAUCAUCGGCUACAUGUACAUCAAUGUGAUUUCUCUCAGAGACUUAACGCGGAUGUCGGGGACAGCAUUGUAUUUGUAUCUACUUGUGAUCCUCGCCAUUGUAGGCGAGGCAUUGGGAAGGAACUGUACAUCGCUCGACCCCUGUAGGGAUGACAGGCCGCGAGAUGCCCGGGGGUGCUGCCAUCGCAUGCUGGGGGAGACGUGUGGGUACGUGGAAGGAGAAGAUGACCCCCCUGGAUCUUUGUGUGACACUGAACUUGGAUACGAAUGUCUGGGAGACACUCAAGAAGCUACCCAUGGGAUUUGUAGAGGUUCCUACUCUCUGUCUGUCAGUGACGUCACGAACAAGACGGCUACGUUGACAUGGAACGACUUCAACCCCGACGGCUUGGAAUACAAGCUGUUGAUGACGACAGAUUCCUACAAGGCCAAUCUAACAGACUGGAGACAAUACUGGAUUGGGGCGAGUCCACGGUACGAACUGACCACACUGGUACCCGGGACGCUGUACUUCAUGCGUAUUGGCUUGGGGAUCGAGACGCUGACCAACAUCACCGAGGUCAUCGUGUUCCGGACAAUACCGGUGGACUUUUGUGUGAAUAACGGCGUGCGGUAUGAGGUUGGCCGGACGUUCAACCACGACUGUGAGGACAACUGCACAUGCUUACCCAACGGAAGUUUUGACUGCACCCCCAUCUGUGAGGAACCCACGCUGCCCGACCCCACACGGUGUCGCCUGGUCGAGGAGGAGGAGGUGGAGGGGGAAGAGUCGUGCUGCGCCGUCAGGGUGGUGUGCGCACCGGUGAUGGCGGACUGUGUUCAUAACGACACUGGGAGUACCUAUCAACAUGGAGACACAUUCGAGGCCGGCUGUUUAGAAUGCACGUGCGAUAACGGUACAGUCCUGUGUGAGUACCCCGAGUCUUGUGAGAGGCCGGAUGGAGCGUCGUGUCCCGACCCCCAGGAAGUUCCAGUCGAAGGGCAGUGCUGCCCCGAGUGGAGAUGUGGUAACUACACCUGUGAGGACGGCGGCGAGGUGUACAGCAACGGCGCGAUGUGGAGGAGGGAGAGCACGUGCCAGACCUGCAACUGUGAGGAGGGCCACGUUGCCUGCCACGACCUGUGUGAGGAACCCACCAGGCCGGAGAACUGCCCCAGACCUCAUCUUACCAAACUCCCUGGCAGCUGCUGUGACGUCAUUGAGUGCUUACCCCCAGAGGGCGAAUGUUACUACGAGCGAGAGGCGUAUACCCAAGGUAGCUACCUCACCAAUGCCAAGUGCGAGCUGUGUUUAUGCACCGACAACAGCACCGUCCUCUGCACCCCCAAGCAGUGCCGUACCGUGGUUGUUCCACCCCCAAACAUCUUCUGUCCACACCCACACAUUCGAAAAGAUGGCUGUUGUGAUACGCUCUGGUGUGAGAACCCGGAUCAAGACCUCGUCAGUGUGAUCAAGAAUCUUUUUGGCACAUCAUACAGUCCUCAUUCGGUGACCUUGAGCUUUAUGGAAGACGAGGCCAUUGAGGGAGCAGACGAAGUUGAAGGGGAGGGAUACACACGAACCAAAUACCAGCUCCAGUAUUCCAGCAGCAACAACGCAACGAGCAACGACACCAGCACGUGGCAGAAGAGAACCUUUGACCCCCGGCGCGUGCACAGCGAGGAUGAACCUGUGGCAUCCCCAACACACCUGCUGCAGACGACGGGCGCCAUUCGCGUUGGACAGCGUGUGUACGUGACGGUGUCGGGGAUGGAGGCAAACACCACCUACUACCUCAAAGUCCUGGUCAUUAAUUCUGGUUUCCAUGACGACAGCGUAGGAGUGACGUCACAGCCUCCCCAGUAUGCAGGCGCUUUGGCUGUGCGGACGCUAGCAGAAGAUGCAUCUUCAUCAUGCCCCACUACAUGCCAGAGUGAGGAGGUUCUCAUGGUACCGUCCAAGUCCUGUCCCAAACCCGUGCUGACGCGGUCACGUGGCGACUGCUGCCCCACCUGGCGCUGCUACCCUGAAGAGGGCGGAUGUCAUUACAAGAACCUGAUCCUGAGCAAUGGCGAGCAGAUCAGGGAGAACUGUGAACGGAAGUGCCUUUGUGAGGAAGGGAACGUAACGUGCACCCCGCUUUGUGAAGAGACCGGAAGUACUCCCCGACCCGGAUGUAGACUUGAGCGCCUGGCCGACCAUUGUUGUCAAGUAUGGAUGUGCUCACCGAGAACUGAGGUCGUGGAGACAAUGUCCGUGACCAUUACUGUGGACUAUCGUGGUCACUGUGAUGGUCAACCUGACACCUUCCAGUCACAGUUCAAACAGGCAGUGCUCAAACUCAUCCACUCUCAGCCGGUCUGUGAUUCCGGGGAAGGAGUGCCGAAGUCUGAAUGCGAGGAUGUGAAGGUCAGCCUGACCUGUCCAGCGUCAAAUACUGUCGACAGAAGGCGCCGGGAUGUGGACAACAUCAGGGUGGACAUCCUCAUCACAUUAAAUACAAGUUCCAGUUCUGUGGAGAACACAAGACAGGACUUGUUACGGCUGACAGCGUCUUUCGUUGGCGUCUUCAAUUCCACCGACUCCACUGUGACAGUUGCCGAGACGGUCUUCACGACAGGGGGCGCCGUGACAGUGACGCCACCUACCGGCAACUGUGGCCUUGGCUUCAUUUUUGAAGAUGAUGUCUGUGUGGAAGGGGUAACAUCGUCAACACCUCCUACCACUCUGGAUGUCCCUCUCAACGUAUCGGCGUCGUCCAACUCGGCAGUCUUGGCGUGGAAGAGCCUAAGGACGCCCAGGACGCCGUAUGUGACUGGACUGCAGAUAGAAUACAGGGAAGAGGAGGUAGAGGAUAUGAUACUCUGGAACCAGACUGACCCUCUGGACCCAAGCGUCACCAGCCACGAGCUGACCAGGCUACAAGCGGCCCGGGGCUACAGGGCCAGACUGGUCAUCUUAACCAAUAUUGUGGACAACAAUCGUGUACGACUGACUCCGAUCAGAUUUGAAACAAAGCCGUUUAAGAGCAUCACUGUGAGAAUUAACCUCCAAUUGCAAGAAGUUGGCGUUGGUGUCACUACCGUCGUCAUCAGAUGGGUGAAGUUGGCGGAUUCCAUUUUGAAGAACCUCGUUGCCAUGGAGGUGCGGUACAUGCGCAGCGGUGCAGCUGCACUGGCCAACCCAGGUUCGGGGCCAGGAGUACAGGUGGUGCGUCUUAACCCCUCAAAGACUUCCGUCACUAUUUCGGAGUUGUCGCAGUCGACGGCCUACAUGGCGCAGAUCAUUCUCUUCUUCAGCAACAACACUCUGGCGGAAACGGCGUCCAUACACUUCGUCACUAUGGCCGCAGUUAAGUCGGAGAACUUGCUCGUGCCUUUGGUGGUAUCUGCAGUGGUUGUCGUCUGUGCUGUCGCCAUCGUGAUGAUCACGUGUUGCCUCUGGAGACGGAACAGAAAACGAGAGGCGCGGGAAACGGCAUUUGAGAACAAAACGUUUGGCCUUCACAUUGAGACAGAUGGACGAACGCUAAGUGCAAGACCUUAAUCGUUGUGUCGUGUUUCUUCAUCCUAUGUGAUGUCCUCAGGAACAUGGACCAUGUACAGUUCCACGGAUCACUAUUGCAGUGGAAUUAAGAGUCUUUUUGGAGAGUAAACCUAAUCAAACUACCGUCCACAAACUGUAUCUAAAUCCGGAAUUGUUCCAGGUUGAGAGGGUGUUCAUUGACAAGU